UCUUUUGAUUCAUGCAGUAAUCGCUUGCGUGAGAGAUUCUAUACCUCCUGUCUUAAAGUGUAACAUUCAGGCCCGAACAACUAUAGUGGCUUUCUGAAGUGUUGAUGAUGAAUAUAAUGACAUGCGGAGGUAUUCCAGUGCGCUGCUGAUAAAUGUGGCAUAACAGCGUGUCGUUCAUUGGUUUAGGAGCCUGUGCCUGUGAUCGGAAGGUUGUUGGUUCAAAUCCCACUGGAGGUUAAUGAAUUUUCAGUUGAGCCCUUGGGUGGGAUCUUUGACCACCAGUUGCUUUAGGGACCGUCUGUCCCUGCUAUCUCAAAAAUGUAUGUUGCUUUGGUUCAUUUCAUAGAUUGGAUGCACAUCACUCUGCGUGAGAGAUGCUGGCGUGGAGGCUUCAGUUUAGUUUCAGCAAUAUAAUGCCGUCAUUUCUUACAUCCCAUAUUCACAGAUUUUCAUGCAUAUGUUUUGGGUUCGGUGCCACUGCCGCUCACGUCUUUUUCACAUAUAAAAUGUAUACUGCUGAUGUGAUGAUAUUGACACUUGUUUUUUUUUUUAUGAAGGCAGACAAAGCGAAGACCGACUGUAAUCCAAAGUAUGCAAACGUUUCCACACAGGCUUAUGUUGUUUAGCUGAGCUGUAUAAGCAGUGAAGCAGGACACGGUGCCUUGAAUACAGAAGAGUGGGGAGGGAAAUUAGCAUUGGGCUGAAAGGAAGAGAUGGAGCUUUUUAAAAGUGUGAUAGACUCGCAGGUCUGGCCAGCGACAGCUGACUGCCAACGGCUGUGCAAAACUUAAACCAGUAAUAAAAGUAUACAUGCAUAUAAAUGAUCAAACUAAAAAGAAAAAUUGCUAGUUUGGUUAGUUAAACUUGAUUGUCCCCAGGUGGAAUUUUUUUCCACAACACUGUAUAUUCCAAAAAAAAUCAACAUCACAUUACACACCUAUCAUUGCACAAUACAGAAGAUAGCACAAACUCCGUUUUCAUGAACAGUGGACAUAACUAUCAUUAAGACCUCCCCUGCAGCCUGACCAAAGACAAAGCCCUUCAGUGUUUCGUGUGAACAUUAACACCCAGACCACAGUGAAGUGGCCUCCUCUCUAACAAUCAGCCCUGCCUGUGCUGGUGUUUGGGUAACUUUUUCUGUUAAUGAUCAAGCUCAACAUGCCUCAUGUUUAGUUUUUUGUUUUUUGUUUUUGUCAUUGUACCAGCUACAAUGAAAUUUUAAGUGCCAUCUAACUGCAUUAAAUUAGAGAGAGAGCAUAUAAAAACCGAUAAUAAAGCAAUAAUUCAUUCAUGCGCACACACACACACACACACACACACACACACACACACAUAUGUAGGGUAAACAUAUCCUUAUGGGGACAUUGUGUCCCCAUAAGGAUAGGUAAACCCACUCACACACACACACACAACCAUACAUUCGAACAUCAUUGCACAAAACAAAAACUCCUUCAGCUUUACUCUGAUGCCCAAAUUCAUGAGUGAAUUUAUGAUGAAACCCUUUCAAACUGCCCGUCGUUUUAUCUCAAGGAUCCGCUGUCUGUAAAGUUAGGUUAACACAUGUUUUGUGUUUUCUGAAUUUACUUCGAGUUAUUUUUAUAUCUCACACCCAGCCGAGAAAAGCGGUUUUGCUUAACUUCCUGGUCGUCUAAACAUUAGCUAAAGUCUUCUUUUACCCGCGGUAGGAGUGCUGCUUGCGCCUUUUCUGUUUUGGAAUGUCUGUGUAUAUUUCAGUAAAUUCACUGUGUGGGGCUGUGGGUGGAGGGCUGAUGCAGAGAUACCAUUUUAAGCUACUGCAUCACCGUCGGCCUGAGAACAGGAAGCAGCUCUUUGUUAGCUCUGUUUCUUCGCAUGAAAAUCUUCCCAUUCUCCUGGGACCUGUGAGCUCGUGUGGUCAGAGGGCCAUCCUACCAUCCCGUCAUGUUCCAGGUGGACAGAGUCUGCAGAGUAGGGGUGCUGCUGUAAAAAGGCGCCCCUGCAGAUGAAUCCAACAGCGCACGUGUGAGCAGCGAUGGCUCCGGUGCUGAACGCUGUGCUGGGCCCGGGAGCUCUGGGGGUGGCACUGCAGCCGUUAGUGGGUGUUCUCACCACCGUCGUAGCUUUCCUGCUCCUCCUCGUCGUCCUGUGGCUGUGUGCGGGCUGUCAGGGACAAAAGAAAGCCAACGGGAACAUCAGAGACCAUGAAAAUCUCAUGAAUGGGGUGUCAGAAAGGGAAGGAUUUAGCCAGUCUGUUGAAAGCCCAGCUUUAGACUUGGCUGCCAGCAGCUCUCAGAAUGGACCAUUUACCAGUGUUACAGCGCUUACGGACGACACGAUAGACACCAGUCCCCAGCCUUCGGAGGAUAUUAUGUCCAAUCAGUCAGAGCUGAGGUCCUCCAAGUGCCCCCAGGACCGCGAGCUGCCUAGCAUCCCCCCCCCUGGCAGGACUUUCGAGGAAGCAGCAGCGGGAGCACAAGCCACCAGCUGCGACGGAACCUACGAGAUGGUGAAGGAGACAUCCCGGGACGUCAGCGUGGAAGACUCCCUGUACGAGACCGUCAAGGAGCUGAAGGACUCUGGGGAGGGGUCUGAGCUGGCCAUACUCAAUGGGGGCCUCAUCCCCAAAUCUCCUGUCAGACCACCCCUGUCACUAGGAGCAGAGUAUGCCUCUGUGGACCUCAAUAAGAAGAGCCGGUACAGUACCGACCUGGAUUCCCAGCGAUGCAUCCAGUCUCCAACCGAACAGGAAUCUGAGGAUGAGAAGCCGCCUCCCAUUCCAGACAAAGUGCUGGAUGAGAAUGAGAACCAGCAGAUGCCCUGUGUACCUGCAGUGGGGAUGGAGAACGCAGAGAACGCAGAGAACGCAGAGCUGUCCGCCUUGUAUUCAUCAGUCUUGAAGCCUUCGGCUACGGAGAAGGAGAGCGACUACAGCAGCAUCGGCGAGAUUAAGAGUGUGUCCGAGUCGUCCUCCAGCGAACUGUACGCCACUGUGAAGGACAUAUACCGGCAGCCGGGCCUGGGCGGGCAUCCGCGGCCCCAGGACGAAGGCACCGGACAUGGGGAUCCAGGCUACGAGACCAUCAAGAUCUGCGAAUCAGCCGAAAAGGCAACUGGGGCUGGAAGCCAGCAGGCGAAUCAGUGGGAGCCCGACUACGAGAGUGUGGGGGAGCUGGAGCUAAACAGGGAGAUGUCCCGACUCUGACUGCCAAACUGCGGACAGCAGCCCAUAUGCGAGAAGUAUUAUGAUGCUGUGUUUGUCUGUGACAGGAAGUGACAUCGUCACUUUCCCGAGGUACUUCCUUUUGGUCACACUGGUCAUUGCAUAUCUCAAUGUGUCAAUGUGAACAUCACUGCCAUCAGACCUCUGCAGCAACACGGCUCAGUAUUGUGUAUAAUGCACUUACAAUGCAUGAAAAUCAGUAGGAUUAGAUGCCCAUUUAAAACGUCUGUGUGACACAUGCUAAAAAUGUCGCACAAUAGCACAGGAAGAAAAUGAAAAGAAGCAGCACAAUAGAGAUUGUCUAAAACAUUUCUCCGAAGAUCAUGUUACAGUAAAAACCAAGGAAAAGAUAACACAAUGUGUACUGCCUGAAAAAGUUUGGAAUUUCUAACACCACAAGGGCACAGUUAGUGUUUUCAAGGUUUUGUUGUGAGAAUUCUGCUUGAUUUUUGGAAAUAUUUAUAGCAGAAACGUAGCAAGUGGUGCAUUGUGUGAUGACUGUCCCAACAGACUCCUAGGAACUGAAAGUUCCAGAUCUGAAUAAUAAAUGACAGUCAGAUGAAGGAGUAUUAUCAGUCACUGGAUUACUGCGUAAUAAUGGGCUUAAUUUAGCCAAUGCAGUGAAGGGAUGAUGGGAAAAUCAGUGGUUCACAGCAUGCAAAUUUAUUUCAGGUAUUAUCGCUAAUAAUAUAAACAAUUAUCUGGCUGUUAUGUGUCAUAAAUGUUAGUUCCUUGCUGUAGGUACGCUGACAAUAAUCACGUUUAGGGUUCAGAAGCACAAAGAGUGGAUUGUGCGGUACUGCAGAAAUAUUAUCCAUCAGCGGCAGCCCACUGCAGGUCACGCCAUGUGACUGCGUGCGUAUUUCUGCCAAAGAGACUCGCCUUUGUCAGAUAAGUCUGUCAAACGUUGCUUCAUCUAGGCUCUUUUAUACAUAGUUUUCUUGUCUUUACAAUUUAAAGUACAAGUCUGAGAUGCCUAGUAGUUCAUUUGCAAUGCACACUUGUAAACUUCAUUAAAGGAGCCAAGCACAGUUUUUUUCUGACAUUAUUCAGAAAAAUACUUUUGUAGCUUUUUUUUAAAUUGUGUUAGACAAAGAUUGCAGCCAGUUUCAUAUGGUAAGUGCGUACUGAGACACUUUUAUAUUCUUUACAUAUUAUGACAAUUCCACUUCUAUUUGUUGUCCUGCAGGCUAUUAUAACGUCUGCCUUAUUACUUGUAUAUUCAUGGUACACUGCAUUGGUACUCGCUGUCUUAUUAAUGUAAUAUGAGCAGUAUUUUAAAAUGUCUGGGUACUUCUUUUAUUCAAAAGAAUUAUUUUAUUAUUGUUGAAGAAUUGCUUUGUGAUGCAUUGAUCCAGCCUGUUUGAAUACACUUAUAAAUAUGUUUCUGGAAUGGCAGCUUGUUUAAUGUCUUUGACGAGGAAAAAGGACAAUGGAGUUACUCAAAAGAAUAUGAAUUAACUGUACAUAUCAUUUAUCCCUUGUGUAUCUAUAGAAAUAUACAUUAAUGAAAACCCCUGGUAACUUGUUGGACCUGAAGUAGACUUUGCACUGACAAAAAAUAAUUUCUAAAUAAAGUUCAAAUUUCCCAAGUACUGGUAACAUAAAAUCUGAAAUUGUAUAUUUGAUUAUUCCCAUUAAAAUGGCUUUGUGUAUUAGAUAGGCAGUAGUUUUAUGUAAUUAGUAUUUAUGAAAGAAUUACAUUCUUGCCUUUCUGAUAAUAAAUACUCGUCACACUGGAAAAUGAGCAAUGAAAAUUCCAUGAAUUUGCUAAUAUGACAGAAUUUCUAGUGCCAAAUAUGGUAUCCAAAAGAAUUACAAUUUGCCUGCUGAGGUUCAGAUAACCACUUUGAAUAAAAAAGAGCAACUUUGAAA